AUGAAUUUUUACAAAGAGGCAGCGAGCAAACUCGACCUAAUUGAGUCCAAGAAGGCUUCAAUUAAAGGCUGCUUGUCGCUAGCGGCACCCAAAGAUCGUAAGCGAAUGGGCGCACUAAUAAUUGAAACACUCAAAUUUAAGGGCACAAUAACCACAUUAAUUGAGGCAACGCCCAUGAUGCGGGACGAGCGCCGACAUUUGUUUUCAAAGAAUUUCGCCGCGGUGCUCGUCCAUGAUUUAUUGUUCAGCUCAGGGGGCAUUCAAGCCGGGGAUGGUCCUAUUAAACAAGCUGUCAAUCGUCACAAAACUCGCCUCCAGGCAGAAUUAACUAAACUCAAGAUUCGAAGAGGCGUCAAGUCAAAUCAAGAAUUAGCACAACCAGACGACCCUCGCUCCGCGAACAUUCCUCGCUAUUUGCGAGUAAAUAGGAAUAUCUGGACAACGGAGCAAGCCAUCGAGUUCUAUAGUUCAAAAGGAUACGCCCCGUGUGGCGACCCAGGCGUCCCCCCAAAGUGUGUUGAUGAUUACUUCACCUUUGAUACUGUUAUUGAUUACAAGUCAAGAAAACAGUUCCGCCUCGAUGACCAUGUCCCUGACUUAUUAAUAUUCAAUCCUGUGCAUGAACUACACCACGAUGAAGCUUAUAAGACUGGUAAGAUGAUCGCUCAGGACAAAGCCUCCUGCUUCCCUGCAGUGGUGUUGGAUCCACCUGCGGUGGAAAAUGCUUGGGUUAUUGAUGCGACAGCUGCACCUGGUAAUAAGGCGAGUUCCACAUCUCAUAUAAGUGCGUUAAUGGGAAACAAAGGCAAGAUAAUCGCGUUCGAGAGAAACAAGAGGCGGUACAAAACACUUCAUGAGAUGGUCCGGAGAGCCAAAUGCCAAAAUGUCGAAACUAUCCUGGGAGAUUUUCUUGAACAAGACCCUUUGGACGAAAGAUUUAAAUUGGUGACUCAUAUUGGAUCUGGGAUUGUGAACCGAUUGGAUUACCUGACUCAAGACAUUCCGUCCGUAGAACGCAUCGUUUACUCGACUUGUAGUGUUCAUGCUACAGAAAAUGAAGGGGUUGUAGGGGAUGUCCUUGCAAGCAGCGAGUUUGCAACAAGAGGCUUCAAAGUUGCUCCACGUUCACAGGUCUUACCAAAUUGGAGUCGUCGAGGUAUAACGACUACAUCGCUAGACGCCAAGGUAUCGGAUGCACUCAUUCGGUGUUUGCCAGGAGAGGACAGCCCGGGGACGAAUGGAUUCUUUGUUUCCUGUUUUAUCAGAGAAAAGGGUACCGGAUGGGACAGCUCGAGAGGUGCUGACCCGAGCUUUAAGAGAAAGAUCGACUUAGUCAUAAUCGUUGUAUUUCUAUUUGAAACAACUGCGUCACGUGCAAUCACCCAGUGCUGUUGUACGCCACUUCCUCCUGCAUCCUGUGUGCCAGUACAAACUAUCAAAAUGUGGAAGCCAGCUGGAAGAGCCAUCACAGGUACCAACGAUAUUCCGCUGGGCAACAAGCGGCGAUUCGGUCCUGCUGUGAUUGAAGACGUACCCAAAGCCGAAAUCGCUCAAGCUUCUCCUUCUUCUUUCCCCCGCUCUUCUGUAGUCCAGGAUGAGCCUGGCUACGGCCCCACCUCAGCAACACUGUCCGAGCCCGAUCUUCCGCGCAAACGCAAAAGUCGUUGGGGAGAUGCAAAAAGUGAGCCAGUUGGGCUACCAACUGCAAUUUCCUCCAGUGGCGUGUCGCAACGCGAGCUGGAUAACUAUGCUGUAAAAAUUCGUCUCGAUGAAAUUAAUCGAAAGCUUCAAACUAAUACUUUCAUUCCACCGGAAUCUGAGCGAUCUCCAUCGCCUCCGCCAACUUACGAUUCGCAUGGAAGGCGCACUAAUACCAGAGAGGUACGCUACCGAAAGAAGCUAGAGGAGGAGCGGGUUCGCCUUGUGGAUCGUGCUAUGAAAUCAGAUCCCAACUUCCGACCUCCGGCUGAGUAUCACCAACAAAAAAGGUCACUUCGCCCGCAAGACAAAGUAUAUAUUCCUGUCAAGGAAUUUCCUGAAAUAAACUUUUUCGGCCUGCUUGUAGGUCCUCGGGGCAACUCACUCAAAAAGAUGGAGAAGGAAUCCGGGGCGAAGAUUAGUAUUCGUGGCAAGGGUAGUGUGAAGGAAGGCAAAGGUCGACCCGACGCGUAUGCAGAUGACAGCGAGGAAGACCUUCAUUGUUUGGUUAUGGCAGAUUCGGACGAAAAGGUUGCUUCCUGCGUUGCUCUGAUCAAUAAGGUCAUUGAAACAGCUGCUUCCACUCCCGAAGGGCAGAAUGACCACAAACGGAAUCAAUUACGCGAACUGGCGGCUUUGAAUGGUACCCUCCGGGAUGACGAGAACCAAAUCUGCCAAAACUGCGCUGGUGUUGGCCAUCGCAAGUACGAUUGCCCCGAACAGCGGAAUUAUACUGCUAAUAUCAUAUGCCGAACAUGCGGAAAUACUGGACACAUGGCACGUGACUGCAUAUCUCGCAGGGGGGAUCCCAAUGGCUUUGGUCAGCCAAAUGGUUUUGGUGCGCCCCAGGCACCGUUUACACCGAAUACUUCUACUCCGUCAACCGGCAACAAGGCGUUCGAUUCCGAAUAUGCGUCUCUUAUGGCGGAGCUUGGAGAGGGAGCCGGCGGCAACAAAUCGGGUGGAGGGGUCUGGCGUGGUGAUGGUUCAAUGCCGCUGUCUGGACUCGAUCCUAAUAGCAGUGUUCCUCCGUGGCGUAGGCCAGAAAUGUGGCAAACCCCGACGGUUAACCAGGGGUAUCGGCCUCCGUACGGAGGAAUGGCGAGCGGCGUCUACAACGGGAAUUCCCCUUGGGCUCAAGCUGGAUACCAACAGUAUCCGCCAGCGGGCGGAGCAAGCGCGGCCGGCGUGGAUGCGGCCGCUUAUGCUCAAUAUUACCAGUCUAUGGGCUAUAACGCCGGGCAGGCAUCUUAG